AUGAUAAAAAAAACUUUACUGUUAAGAAGACCAUGGACAUAGUAAGAAAGAGAAAUUAUAAAAUAGCGAAAAAAAUCUCUCUCAAACCAAACUAAAGAAUCAUUUAAAGGAAUUUUUGAAUCAAUACCAAGUAGAAAUCUUAUUUAAUUCAAAAGUUAUCAUUCUUAGGCCUUUAAUUAGAAACAAGAAUAAUCCCAAAUUUAUCAUUUGACUGAUUUUAGAAUUGCUAAAAUUUGGAAACCUUAAAAUAGACAUGAAACAAGUGGCACUCAAGGUUAUAUGGCUCCCGAAGUUAUUUGUAGAUAAAAUCUCAUGGAAUUCCUUUAGAUUUCUUUGCUUUAGGAAUUAUUUUGCAUGAAUGUAUUAUAAAUAUUUUUUUUAUUUUAGCUUGGUAAACGCCCAUAUAAUCCCAGUUGGAAAUGCAUACUUUGUUCCUAAUAUUUAGUGUGCAUGCUAAUAGAUAGCAAUUGUUAACAGGUAAUUACUUUGCCAGCAUAAGGUACAAUUCGCUCCUUUAUUUUUACUUUUAGUUUAUUAUUCUGUCUUUUAAACUGCUUUACUUUUUUCGCUUAAAUUGAUAAUUUAGCAUUAAGAUUCUAUCGUGCUGGAAUUUUAGGGUAUUUUUAUAAAUAUCAUUAGGGUGAUUUCUAUUUGAUUAACUUUUGAAAGGCUUUCUUUGCUAAUCUAUUUUUUGAACGAUAAAUGGCUUGAGGAAUAACUUAUUUUGAUAGUUCCUUUGAGAAUUGAUAGAGAUAAUUUAAGACAUAGCUUAUCUCUGAAUAUUACUCAAUACAUUCUUUAUUAUAAAUAAUUUAGAUAUUUGCUGAUGAAUAUAUUACAUUUAUGUAUAAAAUAAAAUAAGUAGUACAAUUGA